AUGUCAAAGAGGAGGUCUGUUGGGGAAGGAUACAAGAAGGUGGCUAGUUUGCUGAACAAAACAAGCCCAAAGAAGGAAAACCUUCCAAUACUAGAAGGCCACCCUGCAGCACAAGAACAUGCAGAGGCAGUUGUGGAGUCACAGGACAAUCUCAAAGAGAGUAUCAAAGCUCUUAAAAAGGAGUUCAAGGUCUACAGAUGGAGCCGAGAAAACCCAAACCUAAAGCCCUUUCUCCAGUCUUAUUUUGUGGACCUCUCCAUCUGUGGACCUAUGGUUUUGGAUGCAUUACAGAAGAUAAAAGCAGGGACGAUGCAAGCUUGA